AUGGAACAUUCAACGAUUCAAUUGGAUAAUUUACCUGAUGAAAUUCUUAUGAUGAUUUUUAAAAAUAUGUCUCAAACUAAUGUACUCUAUUCUUUAAUAGGUGUUAAUCAACGACUUAAUACAAUUGUACGUGAUUCAAUGUUUACUAAUCAUUUAACCUUACGGGAAUAUAUCUCGGAUGAUUUCAUCAAUCCAUCAACUGAUUCAAUGCUUGAUCGAUUUUGUUCACAUAUUUUACCCAACAUUAACGAUAAAAUCAAACGGAUUGAUCUUGACUCAUCAUCUAUGGAACGUAUCCUUCUAGCUACUAAUUAUCCUAGUUUAUAUGGACUUACUUUAUAUAAUAUGGACAUAGAAAUAUCUAUGCACUACGCUACUGGUGAAACUGCUUUAACUAAUCUAUUUAAAAAUCAAAUUUUAUCACUUAAUAUUCACGAAAAUCUACCUAAUUUAAAAUGCUUUUCACUAUAUGGGGAAAACAUGACAUAUUAUUAUGAUGAAUUAAUUGUUCCACUUUUAAAUCGAAUGAUCAAUUUAGAAGAACUUGGUUUAUAUCUUAUAGUUAGUAUCAAGAACACAUUUGUUGAUGGUAAUGAUUUGAAAAAAAAUAUUAUCAAUAAAAUGUCACGAUUAAAUAAAUUUCACUUUAACAUUCGUUCAACUAUUGAUCUGCAUAAUCAAAUUAAUUUACCAUCAAAUGAAGAUAUUCAAUAUACAUUCAAAGAUAUUUGUGAUAAUCAUAUUAUUUCUUGUGUUAACUAUUUUUCAGAGACUCAACAAGGUCAAUGUCAUAUUUAUUCAUAUCCUUAUACAUUGAACAAUUAUUAUAAAAUAACUAAUAAUUUCCCAGGUGGAUUAAUUAAAUGUGUCUCUAAAAUAUCAUUAUAUGAUGAACGACCUUUUGAACAUGAAUUUUUUCUUCGAAUUGCUCAAUCAUUUCCAUUGGUAAAAGAUUUAACUUUAGUUAAUAUGAAACCUCAAAAUGGUAAACAAACUGAUGACAAUCAAAAUUUACCAAUCAUUGAAUAUCCUCAUCUUACUACACUUGAUCUUACUAAAUCUCAUUUAGAUUAUAUCGAACAAUUUCUACUUGAUACGAAAACGAUUUUGUCAAGUAAUGUUGAUCUUUCUGUCGUUUAUCAAGCACUAAGAAAAGUAACACAAAAAUUUAAAAGCAAUGCUACACGAAUCAAUUGUUCAAAAUUGAGUUGUUUAGAUAUUGUUGGUAAAUAUCGAAUUCCUAAAUAUGUACAAGAAUAUUUUCCUCAUACAGAAAUAUUCAUUUGUUAA